GAAAGUAUAAAUAAAUAGAUGAUGCUCUCAACACAUAUACCGUACCAUAGUAUCCUCAGUGUGCUGUCUCUCCGGCACAAGCUCUACGACAAUUGCAUUUCCUAGAAAGCUAUUUCUAGACCGGUAGUUUAGACUUUUUGGUGCUACACCAUUCAGAAGGAAAGCAUGAACCAUAACACGACAUAUUGAAAAUAUAUGAAAAAUAUAUGGAAUACACGAAUGCUUUUCUGCAAACCGUGCGUGUUUCUGAAGUAGACAGAGGGUUAGCAUCUAUUUUGGACAAUGCAACUCACACGCCACGAACACUUUAAUCACAAGCGCUAUACAAAAUAUACAUAAUCUAUCAUAAAUCACAUGAAUGCAUUGCAUGCAUUUUUAUUGCACGGUCAGUGUGUGCUAUACAUAAGCAUUUCACACGUUAGCUAUUAGUUUGUCAAGUGUGUUUCACUGGGAAAACACGCUAUCUGAUGUGCCUAUUUUAAUGUGUUCGCACGUGUGAGAGAGUCGAGCUUAAAGGGUGGUGGACUGUCUGAGGGUGGGCAUUUUAUUUAGUCAUUACUGCAUUCGUGAGACAAAUGUCACUCCGACUGACUACAUGAGAACGUUUUCGUCCUGCAUCAGCUUACUGAAGAAAAAAUGUUUCAUGUGUGCAUGCAUGGACCGCGAGCCAACUGUUCGACAUAAUGAGAUCCACUGUUUGAGGCUUGCGUCAUUUAGAGCAACAGGCGAUCUUCGAAUGUAGCUACAGGAAAGUGAGAGCAGAGCCGAGUGGCGAAGGAAAAGUUCACAAGGGGAGGCAGGAGUGUUCUGGGUAUCCCUGCAGUCUCGCUUGUAUGCUUUCCUACAAGACUUCGCUUCGAUUUUUUUGUACUUUUCCCCAAUUGUCAUUGCAUGUUUUAAAGAGUGGUCGUAUUUGACAAGGAAAGAACUGAAACAAUCAUGGAACUGCUUUGCUUGGAGGACGCCACCGUAAGGGCUCGUCCCGACCCGAACCUCGUCUACGAUGACAGGGUUUUACAGAAUCUAUUGAGGAUUGAAGACAGAUUUCUCCCCCAAAGUUCUUAUUUCACAUGCUUUCAGAAGGAUAUUCAGCCAUUUAUGAGGAGGAUGGUUGCAACUUGGAUGCUAGAGGUUUGUGAAGAACAAAAGUGUGAAGAAGAAGUUUUCCCCUUGGCGAUGAACUACUUGGAUAGAUUUUUAGCCGUUGUUCCCACCAGAAAAUGUAAUCUGCAGCUGCUAGGAGCGGUGUGCAUGUUCCUCGCUUCAAAGUUAAAAGAGACGCGACCAUUGACAGCAGAAAAACUCUGCAUUUACACAGAUAAUUCUAUCAAGCCGCAAGACCUCCUGGACUGGGAGCUUGUCGUCUUGGGAAAGUUGAAGUGGAACCUCGCGGCUGUCACCCCCAAUGACUUCAUCGAGCACAUUGUCCGGAAGCUUCCGCUGCCCGAGGAUAAGCUGGCGCUGGUCCGCAAGCAUGCUCAGACCUUCAUCGCCCUUUGUGCCACAGAGUUCAGUUUCGCGAUGCGUCCACCAUCCAUGAUCGCCACAGGCAGCGUGGGAGCAGCCAUCUGCGGCCUCCAGCUGGACGACGCCGAGCGGUCACUGUGGGGUGACAACCUGCCGGAGCUGCUGGCCAGAAUCACCAACACGGACGUGGACUUCCUGAAGGAAUGCCAGGAGCAGAUCGAGCAGGUGCUGGUCAACAGCCUGAGGGAGGGCCGACGGCAGCAGCAGGAGGGCAGCGGCCCUCGGGGCAAGGCUCCCGAGGGGCAGGACCAGUCCAGCACCCCCACGGACGUCCGGGACGUCAACCUGCAAGUUGAAUGGAACGACAACUGCAAACUCAUUGAUGUCGACUGAUGGAAGACAUUGGCGGUCUGAGCAGCGAUGGAUUACGUCUCUAGCUGACUGACUGGUGUUUGUCACAGGCCUUGACUUCAGCAGACUCUCUUUCACAGUCACAAGCCCAGGAAUUAAAUCUUUAAUCUGGAGUGUGCUUCUCCUGCCUUGGCAAGUCCCAGUAACAGCGCUCAUUCCAUUCCAUUCCCAAUCCUUUCCACUAUGAACCACAUCAUGUACCUCAGUAAUAUCUGUUGCACAACCUCUGCUCAGUAAAAGUCUGCCUUUGAUGAGGUCGACACCAUACCUGUUCAAAGUUAUGCUCGCAGUGCAUGUUGGGUAGAGGUCGGGAUCAGCUGAUGAGUACUGCAAGUUGGAGGUGUGGAUGUAGUGGAUGUUGAAUGGAGAGGAGGUCUCUCACUGGCCUCUGGAGUCGAAAACUGGCUGUAGGGAAUCGAGGACCCAAAAAUCAGAUCUCCUCUCCAUCCCACCCCACCCCCACUCCACCAGUAGACUCAAAAAGCAUCUCGAAGACCUGGCCAUCUCUGUGAGGCCUAGCCAUCUCUGUGAGGCCUGGCCAUCUCUGUGAGGUCUGGCCAUCUCUGUGAGGCCUGGCCAUCUCGGCGAUAGCCAUAAAGCAGACCAUUUGAUAUCCUGUUCCUAUGAGGGCUCUUCAGUAAGUGACCUUUGUAGGUCUUUGAAAGUGGUCCUGCUGCCUACAUGGUGGGGGGGGACACUGGCACUUCUGCUGGCAUUCCGAUCUCCUGUGCCCCCCGCCCCCCUUGGUGCCCAGCAUUAUCUAGUCAGACACACGUCCCCCCAAGACAAGUUUGAGAACCCGAUGGUGUAGUAAGUUAGUCAGCGAGUCAGUUUUGGAGUUAAUUUUGAAUUCAGUAUUGUCAGUUCUGUGUGAUCAUCAGUUCUGUAUUGAUCUGUUUGGAAAGGAUUGCUUUCCAGUGAUGUGAAGGAUGUAGGAAUGCUGUACCGUCAAUAAACUCACUCAAAGGAUGAA